CAUUAACCGACUACACACAUUUAUUUUGAAGCUAUUGUCACAUAAAUUCCGGUCCCCUCUGAUUUUUCCUGUUUAUAUCCAAGCAGCGCUCUCACGUGAGAAUUCACAAACUACAUAAGUCCUGUCCCUCAUUAGCACAUCUGGCACAUCUGUGUUUAACAUCAUUAUACAUAAAGUUUCUUUUAUACUCAGUCGAUGAAGAAGAAGAGGUAUCUUCUAUACCUUUGAAGACAGUCUGUUAAAAUGUAUGAUUUGAUCUUUGUAGGUGACAAAUACAUGUUUUAACUGACCCAAUUAACGCUGGAUUUCCCCCCAAAAGACCAAGAAAAUAUUCCUCAAACCUGAGCAGCUGCUUUAAAAUGUCUGACAUUUAACUCUUAGGAUCUACCCAUCCAGUGUGUUCUUAGAGUCCAGAUGGGGCUAUAAUAAGCUAUUGCAUCCAAAAUUACAUGUCUGUCAUAGAUAAGCAUGAAGAACAUUUACAUCUUGUGGUAGAUCAUUCCAGUUUGUUAGGUAGGAUUUGGACAAGUGUAGAAACUAAUUGCAUCUAUCACAUUUUAUAAUAUAUGAAUGAAAAAAUGCAUUACACUCUUCAUGACUUCACAAGUGGGUGUGCAUUUAAAAAAAAAGUCUUUAUGGGUGUUAGUUUCUUUGAUUUUGUGUUUAUAUUUCUUAAGCAUGAAUAUAAUCUUUAUGUUCUAUAACCGUAGCCUGCUUUUGUUUGGACAAUAAAUACACCAGGCAGGUGUUAUACCUACUGAUCCACCCCCUAACGAGACCUGUGCGGACUUUAGACCUAAUUUAGUCAUAAACCUAUUUGGAUAAAGCAUAAUGAUACAAAUUCUCCCAUAACAGUCUUCUUUGUUGUAAGCAAUGUUUAUGUAAUUUAUUAAUAGCUUACAAUUAUAGCCUACUCUAGUUAUUAAUGUGAUUUUUUAUUUCAUCAGGAAAAGAUUUACUUCGGUAAGUUAAUAAACCUCAAAUAAACAAGUGGGAAAUGGCCAUGUGUGUAUUUUGACUCUGCAAAUUUAGAUUUCAUAUAAAUACAUGAGCGUUUAAAUGAAAAUGCUCCUAACAGAGCAGUGUGUCCGCUCUCACUCUCACUCACACCCGCAGCGGGCAAGUGGAAAGUGAAAGGGAAAGUAAGAGCGGUUAUUUGAUAAGCACAGGGAGUGGAGGAGUGCGGUCAUUUUCUCCGAUAUCCCACGCUUUCAAAGGAUUGACUUUGAAAAGCCAACGUUGGCUUAAAAUCUACAUGUUUAAACCAGUAUUCCAUACUUAUCUUCGACACUAAGGACUGUACGUCGAGCUGCGUCAAGGAUAUUGCGCCCUGGAGUUCCUAACAGCACGAUGGGUGCAGUUAUGAUGCAUGUGUACCUUGUGGCUGCAUCACUGUGUGUGUGUGGCGCUGCCCCCAUCUCAGAUAGCCUUGAGGUUUUAAGGACCCCUGUCUCAGUGUACCGCGGCCACACAGCCACAUUACCAUGCUGGCUCAAUCCCCCACAAAAUGCAGAGGGUCUGGAGGUACACUGGUACCGUGGUGGUGACUCCCUGAUCUUGUUUUACCGUGGAAAAAAGUUUGAGGACACAUCCCAGGAAGCUUCGUACGUGGGCCGAGUCUCGUUUGGCUUGAAGGAUGCAGCGUCUGGAGGGCUGGCGACAGGUGACGUGAGCCUGAAGCUGAAAAAUGUCACCAUUGAGGACGCAGGAGAAUACACCUGUUACGUCAGCAGCGAUCAGAGUUACGACAGAGCCACUGUCAGUCUCCAGGUGAUAGCAAUGGGCGCCCCGCCUCUCCUGUCAGCGGUUUGGAAAGAAGACAACAUGUUGAAUAUGAGCUGCGAGUCUCAAGGCUGGUAUCCACAGCCUAGUCUGCGCUGGUCGGAUCAAAAGCAGGAUCUCCCCCCCAAAAACCUGAAGUACAGCAAAGACUCUUCUGGUCUCCUGUCAGUCCAAAGCUGGCUUCUUGUCUCCAGCUCCACUGAGGUCUCCUGCUCAGUGGGCAUCGCUGACAAAGAGGCGAAGGAGGCAAGAGUGCACCUGGGGAGUCCUCCUCAACCUGAGUCUGGAUCCUCAGUGGGUGGAUGGGUGGCUUUCGCACUUCUCCUCACGGCCGUGCUCGUGUUACUUGGAGUGCUGUAUUUCAUAAGGAGAGGGAAGAAAGCCAAAUCAGGAAGUGACCAUGCUGAAGAGAAUACUAAACUUUUACCAAAAGAAGACAUCCUUAAAGCCAGCAAGCCUUACGUUAACGUCACACUUGACAAGGCGGAAAAUAAAUAUCUCACAAUCAAGGAUGGUCAUAUGCUGAGAGACGCCGGCGGUACGUUUCCGCAGGUUACCUGUCUGACAGCUAUCAAAGGAACACCUGGCUUCUCAUCUGGAGAACACUACUGGGAGGUUUCUUUGUGGAAACCAAACGUAGGUGUCAAACAGUCGUGGUGGGUAGGCAUUACAAGUGCAGCUGUCAUUCCUCAGUCAGAUUUUACUCCAACUACAUCUGAUGGUUUCUGGUUCCUGUCGUCUUCCCCUGGCGGAGCAAAUACCCUUCAGUUUAGCACACAACCACAAGUUGUACUUCCCAUUUAUUCCAGACCACAGACAGUCGGUGUGUAUUUGAAUUAUGGCAAAGGAGAGCUUUCCUUUUAUAACGUGGAAAAUAAGAGUCUCAUCGGCAGUUUAAAAGCUACCUUCACAGGUGAAGUUUUCCCGGUUUUCAAUCCUGGUACAGGUGACGUAGCAUCUAUGGAGAUAUUGCAGAGGACAGAACAGGGUCAGUCGAGUGAGACGGGGAACUCUGUAGGUUCAACAGCACAGGAGAAUUAAUCUCAAUAUCAUCAAUGAAAUGAAAACACAAGGGGUCAGUUUUAUAUUUAAGCACGGUACUUGUACUUUGUGCGGAAGGGAAAAAGAGGAUAUAUUAACCGAGCCAAGUUUAAGUUUGGUUUUACUUUAUGGUUUUAUUUAGGGUUUAAGGAAAGUUGUUGAGCGAGUGACGUGGGUGACCUCCCAACAUCUGUAAAUAAGUCAUAUUAAAGGGAAACCACACCUAAAUUAAGAAUUCCAAUAUGCUGUUUUUUGGCCUUUAAAAAUGUAAUCAAUAUUUGUGAACAUGAGUUUCUCUCUCUCAAAGCCAGAGACCAGACAAGUCACAAACUUGUGAUGUCAUCAAGUAUAAAGUCCAUACUUGCCUUUGGCCAUGUCGUCAAGCUAGUUUGCCGUCUCCGUUAAGUAGCUGUCUAUUAAGCCCUGUUUCCACCGAGCAGUAUGGUUCAGUUCAGUGAACUUUUUUUCUGUUUCCACUGUGAAAAGUUGUGGAUGGUACCAAUGGAACCGUUCCAUACUGUCCCCAUUUUGGUCCCCCCUCUGUUGGGGUACCUAGUACACAGAUCUGGCACUAAAAGGUGGAGCUGUGAACACUGCAGUCUGUUGAUUGGUCAGUAGAGGACAGUCACUCUGCUCAGGGCUGAGCUGUGGCUGGUUUUAAGCUUACGUAACCACUGUUCAUACCGGGGAGAGUUUUAUUAGUAGACUGUAACUAUACAAUAAAGGAUGUUUUGCUGA